AGCAGGGUGGUGCGGCUUAGUCGCGGAAAAACGAGAGACGGACUGCCCUGAGCGCGCGCAUGCGCAAAGCAUGGCGGGCUGCAGAGACUGGCGGAAGCAACCUUUGCAAUAUGGCGGCUGAGGCGGCCGGACUGCUCAGACGGGUGCUGGUGCCAAUUCUUCUACCUGAGAAAUGCUACGACCAAAUUUUCGUUCAGUGGGACUUGCUUCACAUCCCCUGCCUCAAGAUUCUCCUCAGCAAAGGCCUGGGGCUGGGCAUUGUGGCUGGGUCACUUCUGGUCAAGCUGCCCCAGGUGUUUAAAAUCCUGGGAGCCAAGAGUGCUGAAGGGCUGAGUCUCCAGUCGGUCAUGCUGGAGCUAGUGGCAUUGACCGGGACGAUGGUCUACAGCAUCACCAACAGCUUCCCCUUCAGCUCUUGGGGUGAAGCCCUGUUCCUGAUGCUGCAGACAAUCACCAUCUGCUUCCUGAUCCUGCACUACAGAGGACAGACUGUGAAAGGUAUCACACUCCUAGCCUGCUAUGCGCUAGUCCUGCUGAUGCUGCUGUCACCGCUGACCCCGCCAGCUGUAGUCACCCUGCUGCAGGCCUCCAACAUGCCUGCCGUGGUGGUAGGAAAGCUGCUCCAGGCGGCCACCAACUAUCGCAAUGGGCACACGGGCCAGCUCUCAGCCAUCACAGUCUUUCUGCUGUUUGGGGGCUCCCUGGCCCGAAUCUUCACCUCCAUUCAGGAAACUGGAGACCCCCUCAUGGCUGGAACCUUUGUGGUCUCUUCCCUCUGCAAUGGCCUCAUCGCAGCCCAGCUCCUCUUCUACUGGAAUGCAGAGGCUCCCCACAAGCAGAAAAAGGAGCAAUAGGGCCAGCUGGCUACCGGAGUCCAUUCCAUGUUUCCAUUCAUCCACCCAAACUCAGGGUCCCCCCAGGCUGAGCCAAUCUGCUGGUGUGAUUUUUAGAUUCAACAUUCCCCCCUUUCUCCACAAACACAGCUGCAUCAC